UAUACAACAGUAAUGUCAAUAUUGGUAAUUAAAUUACUUACCUCUAUUUUGUUGAUGACAUCACUAAUGGAUUGUCAAUCAAUUGAUAAAAAGUUUUUCCCAAAUUUCGAGACAUUCAGCAAACAGGUAAACAAUGUCGAGAUCUAUGGUGUUAAGGGCGGGUCAGGACCGCCACUAUUGCUACUACACGGACACCCGGAGUCGCAUCUGGAGUGGCAUUUAGUGGCCUCGGAGUUGGCCAAAAAUUUUACGGUAAUAGCCAGCGAUUUGCGCGGCUAUGGCCAUAGCUCGGCACCGAAAGGGUCGGCCAGUCAUGUAGAGUAUAGCAAACGUGAAAUGGCCAAAGACCAGGUGCUGCUUAUGGAGUCGUUUGGUUAUAAAAAAUUUCAUGUAUGUGCCCACGAUCGAGGUGCCCGUGUUACUCACCGAAUGGCCAUGGAUUGGCCGGAUCGGUUGGAGCGGGCAAUGUUAUUGGACAUUGCACCGACACUGGCCAUGUACGAGCUAACCGAUCAGAAAUUUGCUACAGCCUACUGGUGGUGGUUUUUCCUCAUACAGCCGUCGCCGAUACCCGAAAACUUUAUCAAUGCCCGACCCGACUGGUGGAUAGAUAACCGAUUUCCCCGACCCACUGAGGAAACCGAGGAAUUCAAGAAAACCUUACGCAAUCCGGCCUAUGUUCACGCCGUAUGCGAAGAUUAUCGGGCCUCGGCUACCAUCGACUUGGAUCACGACCGUCGGGAUCGCGAGCAGGGACUAAAAGUUCAGUGUCCGCUGCGGGUAUUGUGGGGCCAGAACGGGACGAUCGGACGCUUGUUUCAUGCCCUUGAUCUGUGGCAUACAGUAGCCGUCAAUGUAACCGGACGUGCGGUACCUUCGGGUCACGAUAUUCCCGAACUCGUUCCCGAUAUAUUGCUGGAUGAAGUGUACGAGUUUUUCCGAGUCUAAUAAUAUUAUUAAUUAUAUUUAUAUAUUUUAG